AUGAUGAAGCUUACUGUUGCUUUCCUCGCCUCGCUGGCCGCUGCCGAUGCCGCCCAGGCUCGUGGCUCCCGCUACGCCCGUCGCCAGAACUACGGUGGUGAUGGUUACCAGGUCGGCCCCGUCUCCUCCGCCGUCCCGGUUGUGAGCAGCACCGCUCUGCCCGUCUCUGCUCCCGUUGCCUCUGCUCCGGCUGCUUCCAUCCCCGGCAACGGCUACGGCACCGGCGAGACUCCCUCUGCCCCGGUCUCCAGCGCUGUCGUUGAGACUCCCGCUCCUUCGUCCGAGGCAUCGCCCGAGCAGCCCUCCAGCAGCGCACCUGCUCCCUCUGCUCCAGCUGUCUCCGUCCCGGGCGGUGGCUACGGCACUCCCGAGACACCCUCCUCCAGCCCUGCUGCUGAGGUUCCUUCUUCCAGCGCCCCCGCUGUUGAGACUUCUGCCUCCCCCGAGCAGCCGUCCAGCUCCGCUGUUGAGGUUCCUUCCAGCUCGCCUGCUCCCUCUGCACCUGCUGUCUCCGUCCCCGGUGGUGGCUAUGGCACUCCUGAGACCCCCUCGUCCAGCUCGGUUGCUGAGGUUCCUUCUUCCAGCGCUCCCGCUGUUGAGACCUCUGCUUCUCCUGAGCAGCCUUCCAGCUCCGCUCCCGCCGAGGCUCCUUCCAGCUCGCCAGCUCCCUCCGCGCCCGCCGUCUCUGUCCCGGGCGGUGGCUACGGCACCCCCUCUUCGUCCACCCCCGCUGGUGAGACGACUGAGGUCUCUCCUGAGCUGCCCUCCAGCUCCUCUGUAGCUGAGAUUCCCUCCUCGGCUCCCGUGCCCAGCUUCCCGGGAACUGGCUCUGCCCCCAUGCCAACUUUCCCUGGCACCGGUUCGAUGCCAGCUCCUUCGUUCCCUGGCACUGGCUCUGCUCCGGCUCCUUCAAUCCCCACUGGCGGCUACCAGAUCCCCAGCGCUGGUGUGCCUAGCUUCCCGGCCACCGGUCUCUCGACUCCUGGCGCCUCUACUCCGGCCACUUCGGCCGCUGCUGAGUCUCCUUCCGGUGUCCCAUCUUUCCCCGGCACCGGCACUGCUCCUAUGCCUACCGCCCCGGGAACUGGUGUCCCGAGCUUCCCUACCAGCGGCUUCUCUUUCCCCGUGACUGACGUUGCCAGCUCCACUGGUGUCCCCGAGCUCAUCACCUCGGUCAUCUACACCACUCAGAUCUUCACCUCGACUGGCUGCCCCCAGACCGUCACUGACUGCCCUGCCUCCUCGACCAUCUUGAUCACCAGCACCAUCCCGCUCACCACUACCGUCUGCGAGAAGACUGCUACCCCCGCGUCGGAGGGAUCUGAUGUCACUGCCACUCCUGAGGCUUCCACCUCGGCCGCCCCUGUUGGCUCUGCUCCUGGCAACGGCUACGGUACUGGCGAGACCACCUCUGCCGUCGUUGAGGCUGUCAGCACGCCCGUGACCGAGAAGGUCCACGUCUCCACCGAGACCCUCGUCUACACCGUCGGCACUGGCUCGUCUGCCCACGCUGUCACCACUGAGGUCGCUACUACUUCCACCGAGACCAUCUACCAAACCGUCUACGUUACCCGCCCCGGCCAGGAGACUGGUGUCGCUUCCGUAUCCAAGGAGGGCGAGACCGUCGGUGUCACUUCUGAGGCUGCUCCUACUGGCGGCAACGCUGAGGCCACCACCUACACCACGAUGGAGUCUACCUCCACCACCACCAAGCUUGUCACUGUCUACCCCUCGGCUUCUGGCUCUGCUCCUGCUGCGUCUGUUCCCGGAAACGGCUACGGCACUGGCUCAAACACUGACGUCCCUGUCGAGGGUGCUGGCUCUCAGGUUGCCCCUACUGGUGGUGCUGCCACUGGCGAGUGCGCUCCUCCUACCACUGUUACCGUCACCUCGCAGGAGACCGUCACUGUCACCGCUGGCCAGGAGGCUCCUACCUCUGAUGUGCCUGCCCAGGGUGAGGAUGUCAGCUCUUCCGCCUACGCCCCCGCUGAGUCUACUCCCGCCACUGACAACUCGCCCGUCCCCACCGAUGUUCCUGCUCCCUACCCGGUAGGCAACGGCACCGUCCCCUCGGGCGCCAGCUCUGGCUUCUUGACCCAAACCCGCCCUGUCGGUGGUGCUCCCUCGGCUCCCUCCGGCGGCUUCAGCUACCCCAUGCCUUCUGGCACUGGAGUCCCGGUCGCCCCGGUCCCUUCGUCUGAGACCACUCCUCUCCCUACCUUCGUCCUGCCCACCGAGAGCUCGGCUGUCCCCGAGACGACCGCCGCUCCCGUUGGUGAGGAGAGCUCCUCUGCUGCUGCCUCCACCCCUACCCCGUCUGCCGCUCCCCCGGCUGGCGAGUACGGCAACGGCUACAGCACUGGCGGCAGCUACAAGCGCUUCUUUGGCCUCUUCUAA